UGUAGGCGCAGCAGUGUACAACGAAAGUCUGUUUGUGAAGGGAGUAACAAAUCGUGUACAACUUGGAAUAUAACUUCUCAGGUGCUUCUGAGAUUUGCAAUCGAUUGCAGUCAUUUGCAGGCUGUUAAAUGAGAGUUUGACAAGUAGGAGACCUGAUUCAUCGGAUCAACCUAACCGAAUGUUAUCUGAGAGUCGGAUUGCCUCUAGGCUCUUCACCUCCGUGAAACUAGCGACAACUAGAACCUUCUUACCAAACCUGCGAGGCUGUUACGUGAAGCACACUUUCCAGCAGUUUGGAAGGAGUUCAAGGACAACGGAAUUUGGCUCGCAACAAUGGCCAGUAAUGACUAAUCUUUAGAGUAUCCCCACGAAAUGCUUUAAGUCGCCAAGCUGAGCUGCCGUCGCUGUUUCUGCAUCGACUCGUUCACGUGUAUAAAAGACGAUCAUCAAGACGACUAAUUAACAUUAAGACAGCUAUCUCAACAAAAUGGAUGACCUUACUGAAGAGCUGAUAAGAGCCGCCCGCGAAGGAGACGCGCAGGGCGUCGAGGCCGCCCUCAAAGAAGGGGCGAACAUCAACUUCCUCGGCAAGGGCGGGUGGACGGCUCUCCACCACGCCGCUUUCGAGGGUAACGUCGACAUGACACGCCUACUCAUCUCCUUUAAUGCAGAUGUAGGCGUGAGCAGCGGAAAGAAGUCGGAGGGAGGCGUAACCCCACUUCACUUGGCGGCCGAAGCUGGGUAUGACUUGGUGAUGGAAGCUCUUUUGGAAGCCGGAGCAGAUAUAACAGCGAGUGACAGCAACGGAUUCCAGCCUGUUCACUGGGCGACAACGCAAGUGACCGCUUUGGCUGUACUGCUGAACCAUGACUGCAACCUCUCUGCCCAAGCGCGCGACCUCUCGACACCCUUGCAUCACGCAGCCACCGAAGGCAAGCUGGACGUGGUCAAGUGGCUUGUGCAGAACGGAGCCGACAACACCAUCAAGGACAAGGACGGGCGGCUGCCGGUGGACAGGGCAAAGAAGAAGAAGCACCGGGAGGUGGUCGACUACCUUAAACGGGCGAAGUCCCGAGGAAAAUCGUCGUCGGUAUUCGGAACAAUGAGGAAAUCUUUCAGAAAACAGAAACAGACAAAAGAAGACAGACGUUCUUCGGAACCCAAUCUCUCUAGGAAAUCCGCAUCGCAGCCAAAUCUUUUAUCAUCAUCGAGCAAAGACAAGAGCACUGAGGAGCCACAAGAGAAAUUAGUAUCAGACUCUCCAGAUUUUGCUCAAACCUAUCACCAGGAGGAGAGUAUUGAGCACGCACAAGUACAGAGUCGAUUGGAAGACGAGCUCUAUCAGAAAGAUGCUCUCAUCAGACAACUUCAGUCGGAGAAGGAGGCGGUCGAGCAAGAUCUGUACCGGAAGAACAUGACACUUGCCCAGACGCAGCAGAUGGAGGAUAAAGUGAGAGAUGCUCUUAUUGGCGUUCUUGGUCGACUUCGCAAUGAGGAGGCAGACGGGCGGCAAGAACAGCCGAUGGUGCUGAACCUCGAGACGCAAGUGAAGGAGUUGGAGCAGCACUUGGAGAGGCAGAGGCAGGAGUUGGCGAGCUACCAGGACGGAGCCAGACAGUAUGUGGAGGAGCUCGAAGCGAUGAAGAACCUACACCAAGAAGAGAUGGUCAGCAUCAACAGGCAGAUGGAGGAGCUGCAGUCCCAUCUGGAAUGGGAGCGGAAGGAGAGGUCGAGAGAGCAGGUCGAGUCCCAGCAACGCCUUGAGCCGCUGCAGUUCGAGGUGGAUAAUUUCCGGAGGACGAUGGUGGACCUCGAGGACCAGGUGAGGGAGCUUCAGCAGCAUCUGGAAGGGCAGCAGAGGGAGCAUUCGAAGCUUCAGACUUCAGCGAACCAACGAAUUCAGUCGCUUCAGGGGGAGAACGAUGAAUACAAGAAGACGGUGACGUCCCUGGAGGGGCAGGUCCGGGAGCUCCAAGGCCACCUGGAGGGACAGCAGCGUGAGCACUCGAGGGACCAGACUUCAGCCCACCACCAGCUUAAUAGCCUCGAGAAGCAGAACGAACAGUACAAGCAAACCAUAGUGGGGCUAGAGCGAAGGGUUGAGGAACUGCAGCAAGACUUGGGCUUUCAGGAACGAGACCUUUCUAAGGAACUAACUUUGGCCAAACAAAGAGUACAGUCGCUGGAGAUUCAGAACACCAAUUACAGAACGAUGGUGGGCAGACUUGAGGAACGAGUGAAGCACCUUGAGGAACACCAAGAAAAACUACACGCAGCAGCCAAUGACAAGGAGACAACACUGACCGACCAGCUUUCCGAUGUGAAAAAAGAAAAUGGAGAAAAAAGAUCCAUCAUUUCUAAUCUCGAGCAAGAAAUCAAUCAACUGAAAUUCAAGAUUAACAUACAAGAAGAAAUAAAUAAGAAAAAGUUACAUGAAACCCGCCUCGAGACGAACAAGACAGACGAUGCCAAAAAUCACGAGAUCGCUACUCUCAGGAAGGAAAAGGAAGAGCUCGAGAAAGUAAUUAGAGUAGGCGAGGGAGCGAAGGAGGAACUGCAGAAUAAACUUCAAGAGUUGCAGGAGAAAUGCAAGUCCAACGAAAGAGAAAUGCAAGCAGUUCAGCAGGAAAAACAAGAACUCUUGCUGAAACUAAAGAAGAAUGAAGAAUCUAUACAAAAGAUGGAGAACCGGCUACUCCUGGUGUCCAAGCAGAGGGAGACACUGCUCCGGGAGCGGGAGGAGGUCACACGCCAGCUGGAGGAGGCCAAGAAGGACAAGGAAGAGGUCGCGAGGGAGAAAGAAAAGGUCAUGAAGGAAAGAGACGAAGCGGCAAAGGAGAGGGAGGAGCUCAUGAGCGAACGGGAGCGGAUGUUGGAGAAGGAAGCAGCGUCGUGGCCCUUAAAGAGUGAUGUUUCUCAGAAUAGAGCAGCCUCAGACGAAGAAUGCAACUUGAAGAAACAGAAUGAAGAACUUCAGCAAAAAUUAAAAGUCGUGUCAGAAUUCUUCCAAAACAAACAGACGCGCCUCCGAGAAAAAUACGAAGACAGUAAAGAGGAAAUCCAAAAAUUAGAAAAGGAACUUGAAGACCUAAGAAAAGCGGAAAAUCUUCGAGUGACUCUCAGAAAGAUGCUGCGAUGGUCUCACAAAUGCGAGACGAAAUUCAGCAUCUUAAUGAGCAUCUUUCCCGGUGCCAUAAGGAACUGGAAGAAGCGAAGACUACCCUUCAAGAGAGGGAAAAUGCCUACAAGAAAGAAGAGAAAAUUAAGAAUGUUAUGAUUUCCAAGUUGGAAGAAGAGGUUGAGGAACUCUUGUUGAAACUCAAAGAAAACGAGAAGACGAUGAGCUUUCAGAAGGAACUACGGGAAAAGGUCACCGAAUUGAAGGCGAUGGAGAACCAGCUAAAAGAUAACGUGUCCACUAUGUCGACUCUGCAACGAAAGAACGUACAGUUGACCAAAAGAAUUAAAGCCUUGGAG